CUUCUCCUACAAGUAGACAUCGAUAUACUUCAAGCGUCGUCUGCUGUACAACUGUUAUGGUUGUAAUAUUUUAUCUCUAAAAAUCUCAGUUUUGAUACUCGAUACUAUGGAAACUGGAAAAAAAGUUAAAUCAGAAGGACCAGAUAAGACCAAGGAAGAGAUCUUGGCUGAGAGAAAGGCCAAAAAAGCAGAGAAAACUGCCAAAAAAUUGCAACCAGCUAAAACCACUGACCAUGGAACAGUGGCAGCACUUUCAGAUCCCAUUCAGAAUGCCAAAGAAACCACAAGUACUGUGAAAGCUGAUGAAACUGCAAAAUCCAAAGCCGAGCUCAAGGCUGAAAGACGUCAAAAGCAAGAAGCUCAGAGGGCUGCAAAAGCAGCUACUGUAACAGAUGGUAAACCGUCUGUGGCUCCUAAAGUUCAGCAAGGAAAGCGAAUUCCAGAUCAGAUACAAGCAGAUAGACCAAGUGUGGAGAAACGGCUAGUCAAAAGAUAUGUUAGCCAAAAAGUUCCACAGCUCCCACCAGCUGAAAGGAAGGUUCAGCUGUUUUCCCAUCUUCAGCAACAGGAACGGACAUUAGAACUUCUUACUAAAGACUUGUCCAUAAACCAGAGCAAAAUUCAUCCUGCGGUCAUCAAACUCGGUUUGCAGUAUGCGAGUGGUAUAAUUUGCGGUAGUAAUGCAAGAGCAGUUGCUUUAUUGGAGGCCUUCAAAAGGGUUAUUUCCGAUUAUUCUACACCGGAACAAAAAGAACUCUCCCGAGACCUAGAAGUGAGCCUGAAACCCUGCAUCAAUUUUUUGAAACAGUGUCGGCCUAUAUCAGUAUCGAUGGGCAAUGUCAUCCGCUUUCUUAAGAGGCACAUAACUAAUAUCUCCUCCGAAUCAAGCGACGUUCAAGCCAAGAAGGAUCUUCACGAGGAAAUCGAUAAAUAUAUCUAUGAGAACGUUAUAUUGGCCGGUAAGACGAUAUGCGAGGAGGCCAGCAAAAAAAUUUCUUCUGGGGAUGUUAUUCUAACUUACGGCUACUCGUCCCUGCUGUUGCAAAUAUUAUAUAAGGCAUUCAAAGAAGAUGAGAAGAAAUUCCGAGUUAUUGUGCUAGAUAGUAAUCCACGGUUCGAAGGACUUCAAUUUCUCCGACGGCUUGUCACUUACAAAAUUCCUUCAGUUUAUAUGCUGAUAUCUGGAGCUUCUUACGUAAUGCCAGAGGUAAACAAAGUCUUCUUGGGAGCCCAUGCCUUAUUAGCGAACGGUAAUGUCAUGUCACGAGUAGGGUCCUCUCAAGUAGCACUUGUAGCGAAAGCUCACAACGUUCCUGUUCUCGUCUGUUGCGAAACGCAUAAAUUUUGCGAUCGUGUUCAAACCGAUUCAUUUGUAAUCAACGAGCUAGGCAAUCCAGACGACCUCGUCGCGGCCGUAAAAGGAAAACCAUCGGUACACUCGGUUGCCAAUUGGAGAGAACUGCAGCAGCUUUCGCUUCUUAACUUGACAUAUGAUGUGAUGCCAGGAGAUCUUGUUACGGCGGUCAUCACAGAAUUAGGAAGUGUUCCGUGUACAUCAGUCCCAGUUGUUUUACGUGUAAAAAACACGGUAAUUUAAACUGGUUUACAUCUUCAUUGUUAAAAUUGUACUGGUGGUGAGAAAAUACAGACUUUUUGCAUCAGA